AUGGCCAAAGACAAGACGAUGGAGGUCCAUGGGCGGCAGUACCGAGUUCCCACCAAGCCCAUCGCCGUUGUUUGCGUCGAUGGGUUCGAUCCCGAAUACCUCGAGGCUGGUAUCGAUGCCGGUGUACUUCCAAACCUCCAAUCGUGGACGACGCACGGGUUUCACACAACGGCCAACGGAGCCAUGCCAUCACUUACCAAUCCAAACAAUCUGAGCAUCAUUACAGGGCAGCCGACCAAAGUCCACGGGGUGUCGGGGAACUACUACCUCGACAAGAAGACGGGAGAAGAGCGCAUGGUGCUGGACAGCUCCACCAUGCAAGGCACAACAAUACUAGAGCACCUGGCGAACGCCGGCGUCCGCGUGGCGGCCAUCACAGCAAAGGACAAGCUCAGGAAGAUCAUCAACCACGGCCUAUCGCCCAAGAACCACGCAAUUUGCUUCUCCUCACAGCGCGCCGAUACAUGUACUCUCGAAGAACACGGCAUCACCGACGUGCCGGCAUGGCUAGGCCAGCCCGUGCCAGAGCAGUAUUCCGGGGACCUCUCGAUUUUCGUGCUGGACGCUGGAGUCAAGUUGUUGCAAGAGGGGAAGGCUCAGGUUCUGUACCUCACCUUGUCCGAUUACAUCCAACACAUGCAUGCGCCGAUGUCUGAGGAGGCGUUGCGUUUCAUGCAACAACUCGACGAGCGCCUGGGUAUGCUGCACGACCUGGGCGCCACUGUGGCCGUGACGGGCGACCAUGGCAUGAGCGCGAAGUCGCUGGAGAACGGCGAUCCAGACAUCCUCUUCCUCGAGGACUUCUUGAAUUCGGAAUUCCCAGAGGCGAGGGCUCGGGUCAUCUGCCCCAUCGCAGAUCCAUUCGUCAAACACCACGGAUCCCUUGGCGGGUUCGUUCGCGUGUAUCUAGGUGCUCCAGAUCUGGUGGAUAUUGAAAAGGUGUUUCAGGUUUGCACACAGCUGCCGCAGGUGGGUAUUGCCUUGACUGGGGAAGAAGCGGCCUCGCGGUACGAAAUGCCCCUGGAAUGCGAAGGCGAGAUGGUCGUUAUCUCCACGAAAGGGGCUGUGAUUGGUAGUCGGAAGGAUGAGCAUGAUCUCUCGCAGUUGGGCAGUAUUCGUCUUCGGUCACACGGUGGGAAUACGGAGCUCGCUGUGCCACUUAUUCGGUCGACUCCUCUCAGUGUGCCUGGGUCUGGAGAUGGCAGGGCAUGGAGGAAUUAUGAUAUCUUUGAUCUUGCUUUGAAUCAUUGA